AUUUUAAAUGCAUUCAUUCUUGAAAAAGGGAUAUUCCAAUUCUCAGUUCUAACAUUUCAGAAAUGUAAGUUGUAUAACUUGCAUUUUGCUUUUUAAAUUAUGAAUAUGAUUGAAUGGUUGGUUUGUGGUCUACCAUUAAAUUUCUUAAGAAUCCUAAAAUUACAAGUACCACUAUGGAUAUUUGAACACCUAGAUCACAUUAUCUGGUUAGUUCAUGUUAGUACAUUGCUAGAAUACAUUUGUUCCAGUUAACAGAAUAAUCAGAAAAUGUACCAUAUUGCUGUUCCACCUCAAUAAGCUUUGAUAAUGACACUGUAUAAUUAUCAAACCAAGCCAUAAUACCAUUAGCAUGUCAGAACAAGUUAUCACAUGCUUAUUUCCCUACACUUCUUUAAUAAAAAAAGCCAAUAGUUCAGAACCACUGUGAAAAUUGAUUGAUUUAAACAAUUGCCACUAUAUAACUUGGUAGACUGAAAGACAGAUACAUUCAUAAUAAUUCUAGCCUCUGGAUAAACGUACAGCCAGUCUUCAUUUAAUAAUCCUAAUUGGGACUGGCCAUCUAUAGCUAAACAAAGCAGCCAUUGAGUUAAAUGUCACUUGAUUGCUUUGUUUAGCAAUGGCAGUUCCAGCAGUCCCAGUUACUGUUAUUGAGUAUAUGCAGUCAUUAGCAAGGACACACUGGAUCCAAGCCAUUCUUGGUAAGGCACUGUCUCCAUCUUUCCCAUCCAUGUAUCUCUCCCACAACUCUGUCCUUUUGGCCACCUACUGCAGUCAGUUGCCCCUAUUGUUCAGCCCUAUCUACUAUCUGAUGUCCAUCACACUGUGCACCAUUUUCACACCAGGUUUCUUUCAUGUGCUAGCUGGAUGCAAAAAAAAAGGACUCAGCCAGCACACACACACAAAAAAGACUUGGCCAGUAGUGGCCUGUAAUGUGUAGUGUGAUACACACCUGCUCACCUGUGCCUCUCACACAUAGUCCUGCAUGAGAUUUCCAUGGGGCCCCAUGUGUGAAUGGGAUGGAGUGAAGAGAUGGCAUUGAAGAUGACAAUGAAGGUCAGCUGAGAAUGGGAGAUGGAUAGUAGUAGGUGGGGUGGACCCAAAUUUUGUUCAUCUGAUAUGAGGGUAUUAUGAUGGCCAGAAUUUCAAGAACCGGAUGUAAGUUCCUUUGUUCAACACCAUUGUAAUUUCAAACAGUUGCUGAAUGAAUAGUCAUUAAGUGAGGAAUAUAGAAUAGAAUAGAAUAGAAUAGAAUAGAAUAGAAUAGAAUUUUAUUGGCCAAGUGUGAUUGGACACACAAGGAAUUUGUCUUGGUGCAUAUGCUCUCAGUGUACAUAAAAGAAAAGAUACGUUCAUCAAGGUACAACAUUUACAACACAAUUGAUGAUCAGUAUAUCAAUAUAAAUCAUAAGGAUUGCCAGCAACAAGUUAUAGUCAUACAGUCAUAAGUGGAAAGAGAUUGGUGAUGGGAACUAUGAAACGAUUAAUAGUAGUGCAGAUUCAGUAAAUAGUCUGACAGUGUUGAGGGAAUUAUUUGUUUAGCAGAGUGAUGGCCUUCGGGAAAAAGCUGUUCUUGUGUCUAGUUGUUCUGGUGUGCAGUGCUCUAUAGCGUCGUUUUGAGGGUAGGAGUUGAAACAGUUUAUGUCCAGGAUGCGAGGGAUCUGCAAAUAUUUUCACGGCCCUCUUCUUGAUUCGUGCAGUAUACAGGUCCUCAAUGGAAGGCAAGUUGGUAGCAAUUAUUUUUUCUGCAGUUCUAAUUAUCCUCUGAAGUCUGUGUUUUUCUUGUUGGGUUGCAGAACCGAACCAGACAGUUAUAGAGGUGCAAAUGACAGACUCAAUAAUUCCUCUGUAGAAUUGGAUAAAGCAGCUCCUUGGGCAGUUUGAGCUUACUGAGUUGGCGCAGAAAGAACAUUCUUUGUUGUCCUUUUUUAAUGAUGUUUUUGAUGUUAGCUGUCCAUUUGAGAUCUUGCGAUAUGAUAGAACCCAGAAAUUUGAAGGUUUCUACUGUUGAUACUGUGUUGUCAAGUAUUGUGAGAGGUGGAAGUAUGGAAGGGUUUUUCCUAAAGUCUACCACCAUUUCUACGGUUUUGAGUGUGUUAAAUUAUAAUCUAUCUGUGUAUCUGUGUCAAAUUAUAAUCCAAUGAACAAAAUAAAUUGGAUGAUACCAUAAUAUCUCAGAAUGUGCUAUAUCAGGCCUUUUUAGCAUAUAACAGAAUUAGAAAAAUGCAGUAGCUGUUGAAAUUUCAACAUAAUGCUAAAUGGUAUCCUAAAACUUUCAAUCCUUGAAGCUGCUUUGGAGGAAAGGGUUGAGAGCACUUGAAGAAUCUGAAGCUCAUUCAUCGCUAAGCCACAAUUUAGCACUGCAUUCUAAAGAGAUAAUUCAGCUUCAGUCAGUGUAGCUGUCAGUGAUCAUUUUCACACAUAAUUUGAAAAGUCAAUUAGCUGAAGAUAUGAUCUGCUAAAUAAAACCACAGCUAUUUAUACAGCACUAUUAGUGUGGCCAACCUGCAGUGUGUAUGUUUGUGUGUGUGUAGCAAAAUAUCAUGAUCUUGCUCACAUGUUGCCUUAGGCACAUCACUUUGCAUCAUCAUCCUGCAAAUUAUGGUGCUUGGGUAUCUGCAAAGGAUCUGUAAGCACUGGCUCUCUUCCCUUUCUAAGUACUGGGUUGCAAAUUAUAGCAACAUUAAUAAAAUAUUAUUAUAUAAGUGAGGAAAAUUCUCAGGAACGACUCUCACCCUAAUCAUCACUUCUUCAUCUUCUUCCCAUUGGGAAGAGAUAUAGAAGUAUACUAGCCGUACGAACAGGCUGAAGAAUAGUUUUUAUCCAUGGGCUUUAUCCAUGGACUCCUGAAUGAAAAAUAACAUUAUAACUAUGUAGUAUGAUGGACUGCAAGGCCGGCGCAAUGUGUAACAUGUUCACACUGCUGCAAUAGGACUGGGUGUUUUGUUAAUAUGAUUUGUUGGGUUAGGGAUUUUCUGUCGUCACUGUGAGUUGUAUUGUGUUGGGGAGGUACAGUGAGGGAGCUCAAUCAAUCUCAUUGCACUGACAAUAAAGAUUUGAAUUGAAUAAAACAAAAAAAACCCUCUUUGGUUUAACUUUUGGAAUGUAAAGUCUGGAAGUAGCCUUGAAGUUCAUCUAAUCCAGUCCUUUGCUUAAGAACAGGAAUUUACUAUUACAUCAUCUCCCACAGACAGCAAUCCAGCCUUUAUUUAAACAACUCUUAUCAUCAUUCAUCAUCAGUUCUACUGUUCUACUGGCACUCUGCUCAAUAGUUCUAUUAAGGCUUUUUCCCAUUAUUUAACUGAAAUCAAUUCCUUUAAACCCAAUGUUCCUUGUCCUGUGUCAUAUACUAUUUUACCCUAUCUACAUUAUAGUCCUUAUACUUGAAAACAUAAAACAUGUCCAAUCUUCUCUUUGGGGUUAAACUUUCUUAGCACCUCUGGCUAUUUCUUACAGGUUUCUCCUUCCAUGUUCCAUGUCACCUUGGUUGAUCUUUGGAUUGUCAAUCUUCUUUUUCCAAAAUGUGGCACCUAGAACUAGAUGCAAUAUUCUACAUGCCACCUGUCUAGUAACUUGCAUAUAAUUACAAUAUUGAUUGAACAGAUUUGCCAUUAUGUAUAAAAAAGGUAAAUAAAAUAAUUUUCCUAGGAUUGAACAAUCGUUGGCUGAUCUCAGUCAUAUCAACAAGCCAAUGGUAAUGUAAACUCAGAUCUACUAGGUGCUGCUGAGUAAUCUGGAACUAUUACAGUUUAGCCUUGUAUAGGAUAAAAGCUUGAGACUCCUUGACCACUGAUGGAAUAUCCUAUCUAGGAAAUUGCAGUAUUACUACAUUUGGGCUUGUUCUUCAUUUUCAUUAUCAUUAGCUUUGGAAUUCUUAGCCUAGGGAUAUUUAACUUUGGGGGUUAUGUUUUGUAUGAUAAUAAUUCUCAUCCUCUUUCUCCUAUCACAUUCAAAUAAUUGGUGCUGGAAACUAGCACCACAUGAUGUUGGGCGUUAUAUCUGUAUCACUUAGUGACAGAAAUCUCUGUCUCAAUCACCAUCAUUAACCAAACGCUAUCAUUUGUUUCAUUGUGAGGCAGACUUUCUUAGCUACCAGGGUGAAGUCAUUUAGUGAAGUUUCUGCAGAAGGCGUUUUCUGGAAUGUUGACAGUCAUGCCAAGGUAAAAAUCAGCAUCUUGAAAGGAAUCCAGAAUACAAGCACUGAGUUUUUUUUACAAAACUGCCCAAUUUUCAUUUGGUAAUGUAAUUUUUAUGCCAGGAAACUGCUAAUUUGCUUGAAUUGAUAAAUCAGAAUGCUAUUCAGUGGUAAAUAUAGCCAAAACGUGAUACAGCCACUGAAAAUAAUAUCAGGAAAGAUUGCCACUGGCGGAAAAAAUGUAACUGUUGACACAGGUACCUGAGUCCACCAUUGAUUUUUGGUAAUCCAUAAUCCAUGAAAGAUCAUGAUUAUUGGACUACUUCCAGAGAAAACAGUCCUGUCUGAUCUGUAGUACUUGAUUAAUGAUGGUGAUUGAGACAGGAAUUUCUUUCUCUAAGUGAUGUCAUAAAGCACAACAUCAUGUCACUGCAUCAGUGGUGGGCUGCUCCCGGUUCGCCUCGGUUCGGGUGAACCGGUAGCGGCGGUGGUGGGAGGUUCUGCCCAGACAUCAUAAAAAAUGCUUCUGCAUGUGCAGAAGCACGUGCUUGCAAAGCAAGCGAGUGCACCCACACGCUACCGAUAGCAAACCGGUAGCGCUGGGAUUUGAAACCCACUACUGCACUGCACUACUUAAUAACAGAAGUUUCAGCACAACUGGUUGCUAUUAAGCAAAUCCCAUAUCAUCAUUAAGCACAAUGUCACAUGACUGCCAUUUGUGUUGCUUAUCAGACGCCUACAGUCAUGGUCAUAAAGCCUGCAUUCAUGUGGCCAUGGGGAUAUUGUGAUGGCCAGAACUUUGAAGACUGGUUGUAAGUAACAUUCGUUCAGCACCAUCGGAAGCUUCAACAGUUGCUGAAUGAGUAGUUGUUAAACAAGGAGGUAUUUGGUCAACAAUUUUUGUCCUUUUUUGCUACAAUAAAUAGUUAUCGGGAAGUUAGCUUUGAAAGGAUAUCAGAAAAAUGGAAUAAUUGAUUUAUCAAGAUUGGACAGGAAGGAAAUAAAGGCACAACAUUAAAAUAUUAGGCUUCCUGAUAAUUUAACCUAUUUCUUUAUUGUAGCAAAAAAGGACAAAAACUGCAGUACCAGAAAGCCGUAGUUUUGCUUUCCAAAUUGCAGUGGAAUAAUCUAGAAAUAUUUUUGAGAGCUACAAAAAUAGAUUGGUACUCCUAUACAAUUUGUGGAUUGCCUAUAUCUGAUUUAGAUAAAACUUAAUUUUAUCUUGGAGUUCCUAAUGGAUGAUCACUUAAACAUGAGUCAGCUGUGUGUACUAAUACAAUCCUUAGUUGUAUAGAAUAGAAUUUUAUUGGCCAAGCAUGAUUGGACACACAAAGAAUUUGUCUUGGUGCAUAUGGUCUUUGUACAUAAAAGAAAAGAUACCUUCAUCAAAGUACAAAACUUAAUGAUGGUCAUAGGCUACAAAUAAGCCAUCAUGAAACAAUAAGGAUACAAGCAACAAAGUUACAGUCUUAAGUGGAAGGAGUUGGGUGAUGGGAAUGAUGAGAAGAUUAAUAGUAGUGCAGAUUUAGUAAAUAGUUUGACAGUGUUGAGGGAAUUAUUUGCUUAGGAGAGUGAUGGCGUUUGGGAAAAAACUGUUCUUGUGUCUAGUUGUUCUGGUGUGCAGUGCUCUAUAGUGUCGUUUUGAGGGUAGGAGUUGAAACAGUUUAUGUCCAGGAUGUGAGGGAUCUGCAAAUAUUUUCACAGCCCUCUUUUUGAUUCGUGCAGUCAAGGUCGUCAAUGAAAGGCAGAUUGGUAGCAAUUGGCAGCAUCAAAAUCAUGUGAAGUAUUAGUACCGCUUUAUAAAGCCUUAGUAAGGCCACGUGUGGAAUACUGCAUCCAGAUUUGAUCACAAAAAAGAUGUUGAGACUUUGGAAAAACUGCAAAGAAGAUCAGCUAGGAUGAUUAGAGGCCUGGAGGCAAAGACAUAUGAAGAACGGUUGCAGGAUUUAGGUUUGGCUAGUUUAGGGAAAAAAGGGAAUAGGGGGCACCUGAUAGCAGUAUUCUAAUAUUUGAGAGAUUGCCACAAAGAAGAGGAGGUCAACAUAUUUUCCAAAGUACCAGAAGGCAAAACAAGAAACAAUGGAUAGAAACUAAUCAAGGAGAGAAGCAACCUAGAAUUAAGGAGAAACUUCUUAAUAGUGAGGACAAUCGACCAAUGAAACAACUUGCCUCCAGAAGUUCUGGGGGUGCUCGAACACUGGAGGCUUUUAAGAAGACACUGGAGAGUCACUUGUCUGAAAUGAAUUCAUCAUGAUUUAAGAAAAGUUGCGGGACUUAGUAUGUCUGGCUGCUGGGCAAUUUUAUGGUGGUUUUCAUCGUUAACAUUGAUAUAUCAUUCUGGAUGUUACCUCAUUGACCCAAUUACUGCAAGUAGUUUUAGUCAAAUCCAUAAUUACAUUAAUGCAUCAAAUUUGGAUCAAGAUUAUUGUGAAAAGAAACUGAAAUUAACUAUUUUGGAUGAAUGGGAACUUUCCACAGAAAUGUUCACAGCUACACUUCCCGUUGAUCGUAUACAAGAGAAUUAUGUUCGUGAGGUUCAAGAUUGUAUUUUUUCUGUUGGAUAUCCUACACCAUUUAAUUCCAGAGUUCUACUUGUAGCUGUUUCAGAGGAAGUCCUAGAAGAAAUUCUGGACUUGGACAAGUCUGCCUCAAGCUCAGAUGAUUUUCUACAGCUUGUCAGUGGUGCAAAAAUAAUCUUGGGGUCUCAACCCCUAACACAUAGAUAUGGUGGCCAUCAGUUUGGUAGCUGGGCAGGACAGCUGGGUGAUGGAAGAGCCCACUUGAUCGGCAUUUAUACAAACAGAUUUGGAUCCAGAUGGGAACUGCAGCUCAAAGGUUCAGGAAGGACACCAUACUCCAGGAGAGGAGAUGGCAGAGCUGUGCUUCGGUCUUCUGCACGAGAAUUUUUGGGAAGUGAGGCCAUGCAUUACCUUGGAAUACCUACAAGCAGGGCAGCUAGCUUAGUUGUAAGUGAUGACGAUGUUUGGAGAGAUCAGUUCUACAAUGGGAAUAUUAAGAAAGAAAGAGGUGCAAUUGUGUUACGUGUUGCAAAAUCAUGGUUUCGAAUAGGAUCAUUGGAAAUACUAGCUCAUUCUGGAGAACUGGAUUUAUUAAGGAUGCUGCUAGAUAUGGUCAUAAAAGAGCACUUUCCAAAAAUAAGAAUAAAUGAUUCAAAUAAAUAUCUGGCAUUUUUCUCUCAAGUAGUAUCUGAGACGGCACAUUUAAUUGGCUUGUGGAUGUCAGUCGGCUUCGCUCAUGGAGUAUGCAAUACUGAUAAUUUCAGUUUAUUAUCCAUAACCAUAGAUUAUGGUCCAUUUGGCUUCAUGGAUUCAUACAACCCAGACUUUGUUCCAAACACAUCAGAUGAUGAAGGACGGUAUAAAAUAGGAAAUCAGGCAAAUGUUGGAAUGUUUAAUCUGAACAAACUGCUUGAUGCUUUAAACCCUUUAUUUAAUCCAACACAAAAGCAAUUGGCUUCUCAAAUACUUGAAGGAUACCCUCAACAAUAUUAUAAAGGCUUUAUAGAACUAUUCAAGACAAAAUUAGGUCUGCUAGGAGAGAAUGAAGAUGAUGAAUAUUUGAUUGCUUUCUUUCUAAAACUCAUGGAAGAUACAAGGGCAGAUUUCACAAUGACUUUUCGGCAACUCAGUGAGAUUUCAGAAGACAAACUCAAAGAUUUCAACAUACCUAAGGAAUUCUGGGCUUUGCAAGAUGUAGCUAAACAUAACAACUUUUCAACCUGGAUUGCUUUGUACCUCUUGAGAUUAAAAAGGAAUAUAGGUGAUUCAGACUCUGAAAGAAGGAGAAGAAUGAGCAGUGUUAACCCAAGAUAUGUGCUUAGAAAUUGGAUGGCAGAUUCAGCUGUCCAGAAGGCGGAAAUAAAUGAUUUUUCAGAGGUCCGCUUCUUGCAACAAGUUUUGCAACAUCCCUUUCUGAUACAGAACCUGGCUGAGAGAGCUGGUUAUGCACAGCGUCCCCCUGUUUGGGCUAAAAAUGUUAAAGUCAGUUGUUCAUCUUGAUGAAAAUAAUUUGUGAUUAAAUUAAAUGGUGACACUUUCCCGUCAUAGAUUUAUAUUGUAUUAUUGUUGAAUUACUUUUUUCCUUUGCUAGAUUUCUAUAACAUGCUAGGCUAGGUUAAAAGGGAGUUUGUAGUUCAGUGU